CCCCCGCGGGACCCUCCUAGAAAUGUAUCGCCGUUUCAAAUGAUUCAAAAAACCGUUGAAAUCAGCACCCUCAUUUCCCUCUCACGACAGUGCAAAACCCUGAACCAACUCAAGCAAAUCCAUGCCCAUCUACUCAAAUCCCACCUACACCAAAACCCAUACGCCAUUGCGCCGCUCCUCUCCGUCGCUGCAACCUCCAAGGAUGCUUCUUUCUUUUUUUACGCUCGCUCGAUUUUCGAGCAUCUUUGUUACCGCAACACGUUCAUGUACAAUAUUAUGAUCAGAAGGUAUGUUCAGUCUAAUUCACCAAUACCCGCCAUUUUGUGCUACUUUGACAUGCUGAAUAAUGGCCUUGUGGCCAAUAACUACACCUUUCCACCAUUGAUCAAAGCUUGUACGGUUUUAGUUCCUUUUUCGAAGAAGAGAAUUCUGGGUCGUUUGGUUCAUGCCCAUGUUGUCAAAUUCGGAUUCCGUGAUGACCCUUUUGUCGUUAGUGCGCUCAUUGAGUAUUACUCCGUAGUACAUGACUUAGGAACUGCAAGAUUGUUGUUCGAUAGAACUCCAAAGAAGGAUGUGGUUAUGUGGACAGCGAUGAUUGAUGGGUAUGGGAAGCUGGGGGAUGUGGGAAAUGCAAGAUUGUUGUUUGAAGAAAUGCCUGUGAGGAAUGUGAUAUCGUGGAGUGCAAUAAUGGCUGCUUAUUCUCGGGUUAGUGACUUCAAAGAGGUGCUUAGUUUGUUUAGGAAAAUGCAAGAAGCGGGUAUAAAGCCUAAUGAGUCGGUUCUCGUUAGCACUCUCACUGCAUGUGCCCAUCUUGGUGCAGUCGGACAGGGAUUGUGGAUCCAUUCAUAUGCUAAGCAGCAUAAUCUUGUGUCCAACCCAAUUCUGGCCACUGCAUUAGUGGACAUGUACUCAAAAUGCGGUUGUGUCGAAUCAGCACUGUCGGUUUUUGAAAGCAUUCCUGAUAAGGAUGCUGGGGCAUGGAAUGCGAUGAUUUCUGGUGUUGCAAUGAAUGGAGAUGCGAGGAAGUCGCUUGGUUUAUUCAAUAGAAUGGCUACAACUGGGACUCAACCUACAGAUACAACAUUUGUUGUUGUCCUUACAGCUUGUACACAUGCAAAGAUGGUUGCUGAGGGGCUUAAAUUGUUUGAACAAAUGGAUACUGUUUACAGGGUUGAACCCCGGCUUGAGCAUUAUGCAUGUGUUGUUGAUCUCUUGGCUAGAGCUGGUAUGAUAGAGGAAGCCGAGAAGUUUGUAGAGGAGAAGAUGGGGGGGCUUGGUAGAGGAGAUGCCAAUGUUUGGGGAGCACUACUGGGUGCAUCUAGAGUUUAUGGAAAUAUUGAAGUUGGGGACAGAGUCUGGAAAAGGCUAACUGGUAUGAAAGUAGUUGAUUCUGGUACUAGUGUUCUCUCAUAUAAUUUAUAUAGGGAAGCUGGCUGGGAAAUGGAGGCGAAGAAAGUCAGGAAAACGAUUUCGGAGGCGGGAAUGAAGAAGCAACCGGGUUGCAGUGUGAUAGAGGUGAGUGGAAAGGUUGAAGAGUUCCUUGCAGGUGAUCUCUGCCAUCCACGGGCACAAGAAAUAUGUAAGAUGCUUGAUUCUUUUUCCAAAAUCAUGAAUUUGGACGAUUCAGCGAAGUAAUUUAUAAGAGGUGUUAAUAAAGGGCUGCCCAUUUUCCA